AUGGAUUACGGUAACCAGCCGGAGCCCCUCGGCGUGCGGGCAGCUGAGUUCAUUCGGCCUUCACUCAACACAAGGCAGCAUCUCAUGAUUCAUUCAGCCAAACACAGGCAGCAGAAGAAGGGUUAGACAACGGGCGCUCUUCCGAGCCGGGGUAUCAAAAGGCUGGGUGUCCAAACUUAGAAGAGCAAGUGUCCAACUGAACGGCGGAACUAGCGAGCCCAUCAUGGCGGAUGUUGGUGAGGUUUUGAUGUCAGUUUUGUCCACAAUUCGGGUUCCGAAGCCCGGGGACCGUGUCCACAAAGACGAAUGCGCCUUGUCAUUUUCCUCGCCGGAGAGUGAAGGAGGCCUGUUUGUGUGCAUGAACAGUUUCCUGGGCUUUGGGAGUCAGUAUGUGGACAGACACCAUGCUCGGUCUGGUCAGAGGGCUUACUUACACAUCACCCGGACAUGCAAGGCCAAGAAGGAAGAUGACAACAAUUCUGGCUCUGGACACCCACCCAAGAAGAAGCCCACAAGACUGGCUAUAGGGAUUGAAGGAGGUUUUGAUGUGGAUCAGCAGCAAUAUGAGGAGGACGUAAAGGUGGUGAUUUUACCAGACAGACAGGAAGUGACUUCAGAAGAUCUUGGUGCCAUGGCCGAUGUUGUGAGAGAGCGGGUGUCUCUAUCAAUGGCAGGUAUCAUGGCAGCAGACUCAGUGUCUCAUACCUUGCAAGUUCAACAGUGGGAUGGAGAGGUGAGACAGGAGUCAAGGCAUGCAGCUGACCUAAAACAGCUCGACAACGGAGUCAAGAUCCCUCCCAGUGGCUGGAGGUGUGAGGUGUGUGACCUCCAGGAGAAUCUUUGGAUGAACCUGACGGACGGCAAAGUGCUCUGUGGUCGCAGGUAUUUUGAUGGCUCCGGCGGCAACAAUCAUGCCCUUCUCCACUUCCAGGAGACAGGAUACCCGCUUGCUGUCAAACUUGGCACCAUCACUCCUGAUGGCGCUGAUGUGUAUUCCUAUGAUGAGGAUGACAUGGUUCUGGAUUCCAAGUUACCUGAGCACCUAACUCACUUUGGCAUCGACAUGAUGACCAUGGAGAAGACUGAGCGGACGAUGACUGAGUUGGAGAUUGCUGUGAACCAACGUGUGGGGGAAUGGGAGGUAAUCCAGGAGUCGGGGACCACCCUGCGACCUCUUUUUGGCCCUGGCUUGACUGGCAUGAAGAACCUGGGAAACAGCUGCUACCUCAAUUCUGUCAUGCAAGUGCUCUUCACUGUUCCAGACUUUCAGAGCAAGUAUGUGUCUAACAUCGACAAAAUAAUCGACGACGCACCAAGUGACCCAACCCAAGACUUCAAAACCCAAGUAGCAAAGCUUGGUUACGGUCUGCUGUCAGGAGAGUAUUCCAAACCGGCACCAGAAGCUGGAGAUGAAAAUGGUGCAUCUGAACCCAGAGGAGACCAAAUUGGAAUAGCACCGCAAAUGUUCAAAGCACUUGUGGGACGGGGCCACCCAGAGUUCUCCACCAAUCGACAACAGGAUGCUCAGGAGUUUUUAUUGCACUUCAUAAACAUGGUGGAGAGAAACUGUCGCUCUGGGUCCAACCCGUCUGAAGCAUUCAGAUUUUUGGUGGAAGAGAGGAUUGUGUGUCAGCAAUCACAGAAAGCCAAGUACACACAGCGGGUGGAUUAUAUUGUCCAGUUGCCCGUGCCCAUGGACCAGGCGACCAACACGGACGAGCUUCAGGAGGCAGAGCGCCGGCGUGAGGAGGGGGACUCAUCAGCCCUUACAGUGCGUGCACAAAUCCCCUUCGCAGCUUGCAUGGCAGCCCUCAGUGAACCAGAGAUCCUCACAGACUUCUGGAGCUCAGCUGUUCAAGCCAAGACUACUGCUACCAAAACUACACGCUUUGCCUCUUUCCCCGACCAUCUGGUUAUCCAGAUUAAGAAGUUCACCUUCGGCCUUGACUGGGUGCCCAAGAAACUAGAUGUGAGCAUUGACGUUCCUGACACUCUCGACCUGAGCUCACUACAAGCAACUGGCCAGCAGCCAGGAGAGGAGCUCCUACCAGAGGUGGCACCACCCCCACUUAUGACCCCAGAUGUGGAGGUUAAAGGUAUCCUGGGUUCCCAUGGCAACGAGGAGGACGACUCGCUCUACUCCCCACUGCUGUCUCCAGUCCUCGAUGACUCCACUGUGUCCCAGUUAUGUGAAAUGGGAUUCCCACUGGAGGCCUGCAGGAAAGCAGUCUACUACACUGGGAACACUGGAAUCGAUGCUGCCAUGAACUGGAUCAUGGGCCACAUGGAUGAUCCAGACUUUUCAGCCCCCCUGGUGCUGCCAGGCUGCAGCUCUGGCCCCGGGACCACACCCACAGAGAGCCUGUCUGAGGAGCACCUGGCAACCAUUGUCUCCAUGGGCUUCAGCCGAGACCAGGCGACCAAAGCACUUCGAGCAACGAGUAAUGUCCUGGACCGGGCAGUGGACUGGAUCUUCUCUCAUCUGGACGACCUGGAGUCUAUGGAUGUAUCUGAAGGAGGACGCUCAGCUGCAGAAAGCGAGGGUGGCAGGGAUCCUCCCCCUGGACCUCGUGUCAGAGACGGACCUGGCAAAUACGAGCUGUUUGCUUUCAUCAGUCACAUGGGGACGAGUACCAUGUGUGGCCACUAUGUCUGUCACAUCAAGAAGGACCAGCAAUGGGUCAUCUUCAAUGAUCAGAAGGUGUGUGCUUCAGAGAAACCUCCCAAAGACCUGGGAUACCUCUACUUCUAUCGUAGAGUGGCUGAAUGAGACGUGGACGCCGUAAAACACACAUGGCAACAUUCUUAGAUGCACUCCUUCAAGCUCUUACAAAUGCCCUGGCAUGCUUCACAACUGAAAACAAUGUAAAUAAAUCUGUCAGAUGACAUAUAUACACAGUUAAUUAAAUUGGUGCAGAUACACAGUUAAGGUGUUGGGGGGGGGGGGGCGGCAUUUCUUUUGAUGCGCUGGGGCUGUUCUAAGAGCAGACUCGGUGCGUUACCUUUGGCUGAGAUCUGUUGAACACGUGUUCCAGGUUUUACUCAGAAAAUAUUCAGAUAAUUCGGAAAACCUGCUUCAGGGGAGGAGGCCCAGACAUUGGAGGGACUGUGAUUGCAGACUCCACUCGCUCUUCAUUAAUGAGUUUGCCGAACUGCCACUAUUAAUCUGUUUCCUGACUAUUGAUCUCCACUGCCUUCGGUAGUCACUGCCCCUCUCCAUUAAAGUAUCUUGCUUCCAGCCCCUUUUCUGUGAUUGGACGGCUGCAGCUCGGUCGUCAUCGCCGCAGCCAAACGCCACUUCCUCCUACCUGUUUAGAACAGUCCAACAUCCACAAAAAGAGAAAAUGUCAGUAAAAAAAAAACUGUGUGUUACAAAACGGAAAUAAAAAAGUCAAACACCAAAUUACUUGUUUUUCUUAAAAUUUGGUGAGGGUGUUCCCUGGGUGAUUUUUGGUUUAUUUAGUUUUUAUUUUGAAAACAAAUGCUUUGUUACUUCUGCUGUGACAAAUAAAGGAUGCUCUUUCUGUCA